AUGGACUACUAUUGCGAGGGAAAGGAGCAAAUGGCGUAUGUGCUGCGGUCCGCACAGCUCGUGAAGACGCACCUCUCAAGUAUCCGUGUAAUAUGCAAAGAUAUUCAAACCCGUGUACCGCCAAAGGCAGUUGCAGAGCAAUCUCUAAAGCAAUUCCAUACAAAAAGGCAAAAUCCAAACAUAGUAGGUGAACAUCAAGUCUCUUUGUUCUAUACCACCUUUGGAUAUCAUUUUCAGAAACUCUUACUCGCGUUGGGAUUAACAGAGGCCCAAAUUGACCGCCUAGAGAAUUCACCAUUGUGGGCCCCAUUUCCAGUAAACAAGAAUGAGGAACAAACUUCCAACCAAGAUGGAGAAGUGGUCAAAGGUCGAUCUAAAACGAGAAAUAAUUCGCCUGAAAAAGACUGGGAGGUUGCUGUAACAUUGCGAUCUAGUCCUGUGGAAAAAAUUUUGGCAGCAGGCAGACGUGAAAAACUGAUAUCGCAAAUGGCUGCCUGCAUGAAACGAAUGGAUGAGCGAAAGUUUCAAGAAUUCUUUCCAAUGUUUAGCAAACGCCAUGACUAUAACAAUUAUCACAGAGUUCGUUUACGGAUGGUUGAGGAAUGCAUAAAUGAUAAGCUUGAAGAGUUAGAGAUCGCUCCAAUAUAUUUUGAAAGCUGGACUGAAAAUGAAGGCGCGAUUAUUGAUAUUAAGUAUUUGGUAAGAUGCGCUAUAUCCUUCUCGAACUACUCUGAAGCAGAGGCAAUCGGUCUUGCACUGCGCAUGCAGUAUCCUGAGGAUGCGGCGGGUUGUGAUUGCAAAGAUGGUCGUUGCACGUUAUCCUGUCCUUGCAUUAAGAUCCGAAUGCGUAGAAACGGAAAGGUCGAUGUGGAAAAGCAGGCCGAGGCUAUUAUGGAAGGAUGUGGGACAACUUGCUCUUGUAACUUCGACUGUCCAAGCAGAUUUGAAGAGAGACGCAGGAAGGUUCCACUUGUCUUAUUGCACACAGCGAUAAAAGGAUGGUGCGUCUACACUCCACAAAUGAUUUCAAAAGGAACCUUUCUUGGUACAUAUACAGGCGAGAUCUUCGUUGUCGUUGUCGUCUCUGAGGAAGGCGAAGUCGCCGAAACGUCAGCCAUCGAUGAAUAA